AUGGGUUGUGGUGAAUCGUCACUCCGCGCAGUAACUUCCUCAGGUUCUGGCAACGGUAAUCAUAAUAACACCAACUGCACUGGCUGCAAGGACUGCCGAAACUGUACAGAUUGCAAAGACUGCUCAUAUUGUAAGAACUGUAUCGAUUGUAACAAGGACACGUCGUGCCACAAUUGUAUCGGCUGCAAUAACUGUACUGGGUGUCGUAAUUGUACGCGCUGUAAAGACUCUACGUACUGUCAGAAUUGCACGGAUUGCGAAAGUAGCAGUUACUGCCAGAAUUGCACCGGCUGCGAUAAUUGUGAGGAAUGUCGCAAUUGUACUGACUGUACCGACUGCAUCAAUUGCACCAACUGCACUGAUUGUACCGGACUGAAGAACGCACACAACCAAACAGGUGUGCAUAAAUGA